AUCUCAGAUCAAAGUAGUCUGCCACUGGAGAGUAGGAUAUCGGAAAUGUGGCAGUCUCAUUCCAACAUCGAUUCAACUACGAUACACGUAUUAAAAAAAAUAAGGAAAAAUUAAACGUGAAAAAUCGGUUGGAAGCCAGCUCAGAUUCAGGAACUGUUUUUCAAGCAAAAUUCAAUUUUUUUAAAUAUUUUUUUUGUCGUUGUAAAUAAAAGAUGCGCGAAAUUGUGCACAUUCAGGCGGGCCAAUGCGGCAAUCAGAUCGGUGGCAAGUUCUGGGAGGUGAUCUCCGAUGAGCAUUGCAUCGACGCAACGGGGACAUACUAUGGCGACAGUGAUCUACAAUUGGAGCGCAUCAAUGUCUACUACAAUGAGGCAACAGGCGCCAAAUAUGUGCCACGGGCCAUACUCGUCGAUCUGGAGCCGGGCACCAUGGACUCGGUGCGUUCGGGUGCCUUUGGACAGAUCUUUCGGCCCGAUAACUUUGUCUUUGGGCAGUCGGGUGCCGGCAACAAUUGGGCCAAGGGUCACUAUACCGAAGGUGCCGAACUUGUCGAUUCGGUGCUGGAUGUGGUGCGCAAGGAAUCCGAGGGAUGCGACUGUCUACAGGGCUUUCAGCUGACGCACUCGCUGGGCGGUGGCACCGGAUCGGGCAUGGGCACGUUGCUCAUCUCGAAGAUCCGUGAGGAGUAUCCCGAUCGCAUAAUGAACACAUUCUCAGUUGUGCCCUCGCCCAAGGUGUCCGAUACCGUCGUGGAGCCCUACAAUGCCACACUGAGCGUGCAUCAGCUGGUGGAAAAUACGGACGAGACGUACUGCAUCGACAAUGAGGCGUUGUAUGACAUCUGUUUCCGCACCCUGAAGUUGACGACGCCCACCUACGGUGAUCUAAACCAUUUAGUAUCGGCCACCAUGUCCGGAGUGACGACCUGCUUGCGUUUUCCCGGCCAGCUGAAUGCCGAUCUGCGCAAGCUGGCGGUCAACAUGGUGCCCUUUCCACGGCUGCACUUCUUCAUGCCGGGCUUUGCGCCGCUAACCUCGCGCGGAUCUCAGCAGUAUCGCGCCCUGACCGUACCCGAGCUGACACAGCAGAUGUUCGAUGCGAAGAACAUGAUGGCCGCCUGUGAUCCGCGACAUGGUCGCUAUCUGACCGUGGCGGCCAUCUUCCGGGGUCGCAUGUCCAUGAAGGAGGUGGACGAACAGAUGCUCAACAUUCAGAACAAGAACAGCAGCUUCUUCGUCGAAUGGAUACCCAACAAUUGCAAGACAGCCGUCUGCGAUAUACCGCCACGUGGCCUCAAAAUGUCGGCCACAUUUAUUGGCAAUUCGACGGCGAUUCAGGAAUUGUUCAAGCGUGUCUCCGAGCAAUUUACGGCCAUGUUCCGUCGCAAGGCCUUCCUGCAUUGGUACACCGGCGAGGGCAUGGACGAAAUGGAGUUCACCGAGGCCGAGAGCAACAUGAACGAUCUGGUUUCCGAAUAUCAGCAGUACCAGGAGGCAACCGCCGACGAGGAGGGUGAAUUCGACGAGGAUGAGGAGGGCGGCGGUGAUGAAUAGUCUCCAAACACUAAAAAAUCUCUCUCUCUCUCUCUAUACUAACGUACGAACACAGAAUCUCAAUCCAGAACACAACAGAAUAUACUUUAUACUAAAUACGCUUUACACUGUCCACUUAUGUUGUGCAUUUGUUACAUAGUUGCAAGCUAGCAGUAGUUUCUAACAGUACGUUACACACACACAUUCACGUUACACACACACAUUCACGUUACACACACACAUUCACGUUACACACACACAUUCACGUUACACACAAAUAAAUUGUCACUGCAGCGCAAAUGUUAAUAUCGUAAAAUAUUCUUGGGUCUGGCAACGCCGCUGCGGCCGUUGUCAAAAAUC